UGGCGAGGAGGCCGGCAUCUGUCACCUCGCCCCCUCCCUGCCUGCACCCCACACCCCUGGUCUUCCCAGGCUCGGCCACUUCGGGCCAGGCAAGCGGCUGGGCCACUGCCCGGCCAGGUGCCGGCGCAGCCACUGGGGACCUGGGGACCAGUUGGAAGAGGGAGAUUUCGGAGCCGCCGUCAGGAGCCCCGGCAUCCAGGCCCCCAGGAUGACGGGCCGGGGGCCCCCACCACUCAGCACAGCCAGGGCUGCCCCCGUUUGCCCCGGGAACCCCCGGGGAAGCCCCGAGAAGCUCCAGCCCCCCGCGGCGGCGGCAGCCUGAGGCUGCCUGGGCAAGCCUGACGGAGGAGUCGCUGGGCUUUUGUGUGCGCUGCUCUUUGUAUCGGAGGCUGUGCUGGAGGGGCGGCUGGCAGCACCGGGCCAUGUGAGUGAGGCCACUGUGGCAGCGGGGACCGGGGUGGCCGGAGCGGCCCGUCCCCCAGCUCCCUCAGCCCCUCUCCAAGUCUCGGUGGAGGUGCCACGGGGGUCCGGCAGGAGACCGAAAGGCGAAAAUGCUCAAGUUCAAGGCCCUUUGCCUGGAUUACUGGCAGUUCCUGUGCCUGCAGCCGCUGCACGGAGUCUAUAAAAGUGUCGAGGGCGAGGCCCCCAGCAGCGAGACUGGCACGUCGCUGGACAGCCCCUCCGCCUACCACCAGGGCCCCUCGGCGCCCGGCUCCGGCCUGGGCCCGGACCACUCCGAGCACACGCCAGGCAGUGCCUAUGGGCUGUAUGCGGGGCCGCCCGGGCAGCAGCGCACGCGGAGGCCCAAGCUGCAGCACUCGACCUCCAUCCUGCGCAAGCAGGCCGAGGAGGAGGCUAUCAAGCGCUCACGGUCCCUCUCCGAGAGCUAUGAGCUCUCCUCCGACCUGCAGGACAAGCAGGUGGAGAUGCUAGAACGGAAGUAUGGGGGCCGCCUCGUGACCCGCCAUGCGGCCCGCACCAUCCAGACAGCCUUCCGCCAGUACCAGAUGAACAAGAACUUUGAGCGGCUGCGCAGCUCCAUGUCCGAGAACCGCAUGUCGCGCCGCAUCGUGCUGUCCAACAUGAGGAUGCAGUUCUCCUUCGAGGGGCCGGAGAAGGUGCACAGCUCCUACUUCGAGGGCAAGCAGGUCUCAGUGACCGACAAGGGUGCCCCGCUGGAGGCCCUGGUGCCGGCCGAGUGCAGAGACCUGGGCCCGCCGCCUGCCCUCCAGGCCCCUGCCCCGGCUGGCGACUUCGCAGAUGCCAUCACGGAGCUGGAGGACGCCUUCUCACGGCAGGUGAAGUCGCUGGCGGAGUCCAUUGACGAUGCGCUCAACUGCCGCAGCCUGCACACCGAGGGGGCCCCCGCGCCCGACGUGGGGCGGACCCGGGACGCCGAGCCCUCGCCGGCCCUGCAUGGCGCCGAGCAUCGCCAGCUGGAUGAGAUGACCGCCUCGUACAGCGACGUCACCCUGUACAUCGACGAGGAGGAGCUGUCGCCACCCCUGCCCCCGAUGCAGGCGGGCCGCCGGCCGUCCAGCGCCGAGUCGGACCUGCGGCUGCGGCCCGGGGGUGCUGCCCAGGACUACUGGGCCCUGGCCCACAAGGACGACAAGGGGGACACGGACACCAGCUGCCGGAGCACGCCCUCGCUGGGGCCACAGGAGCCGCGGCUGCGGGGGGAGCACCUCCCGCUGCUCACCAUCGAGCCGCCCAGCGACAGCUCCGUGGACCUCAGCGACCGCUCGGACCGCAGCUCGCUUAAGAGGCAGAGCGCCUAUGAGCGCGGCCUGGGCGGGCCGCAGGGCAGCCCCAAGCACGGCCCCCAUGGGCCCCCCAGGGGCCUCCCCCGGGAGGAGCCGGAGCCACGGGCCCGGGCGCCCAGGCCCCUGGAUGGCCACCUGGCUAUCAAUGGCUCGGCCAACAGGCAGAGCAAGUCCGAGUCAGACUACUCGGAUGGGGACAACGACAGCCUGAACAGCACGUCCAACUCCAACGACACCAUCAACUGCAGUUCCGAGUCUUCAUCCCGCGACAGCCUGCGCGAGCAGACACUCAGCAAGCAGACCUACCACAAGGAGACCCGCAACAGCUGGGACUCGCCCACCUUCAGCAACGACGUCAUCCGCCGGCGGCACUACCGCAUCGGCCUCAACCUCUUCAACAAGAAGCCCGAGAAGGGCGUCCAGUACCUCAUCGAGCGCGGCUUCGUGCCGGACACGCCGGUGGGGGUGGCCCACUUCCUGCUGCAGCGCAAGGGCCUGAGCCGGCAGAUGAUCGGGGAGUUCCUGGGCAACCGGCAGAAGCAGUUCAACCGCGACGUGCUCGACUGCGUGGUGGACGAGAUGGACUUCUCCGCCAUGGAGCUGGACGAGGCUCUCCGGAAGUUCCAGGCGCACAUCCGGGUCCAGGGGGAGGCCCAGAAGGUGGAGCGGCUGAUCGAGGCCUUCAGCCAGCGGUACUGCAUCUGCAACCCCGGGGUGGUGCGGCAGUUCCGGAACCCAGACACCAUCUUCAUCCUGGCUUUUGCCAUCAUUCUGCUCAACACGGACAUGUACAGCCCCAAUGUCAAGCCCGAGCGCAAGAUGAAGCUAGAGGACUUCGUCAAGAACCUCCGAGGCGUGGACGACGGGGAGGACAUCCCCCGGGAGAUGCUGAUCGGGAUCUACGAGCGGAUCCGGAAGCGGGAGCUGGAGACCAACGAGGACCACGUGUCGCAGGUGCAGAAGGUGGAGAAGCUCAUCGUGGGGAAGAAGCCGAUUGGAUCCCUGCACCACGGGCUCGGCUGUGUGCUCUCGCUGCCACACCGGCGCCUGGUCUGCUACUGCCGGCUCUUCGAGGUUCCAGACCCAAAUAAGCCCCAGAAGCUUGGGCUGCACCAGCGAGAGAUCUUCCUGUUCAAUGACCUUCUGGUGGUCACCAAGAUCUUCCAGAAGAAGAAGAACUCUGUGACGUACAGCUUCCGACAGUCCUUCUCCCUGUACGGCAUGCAGGUCCUACUCUUCGAGAACCAGUACUACCCCAACGGCAUCCGGCUCACAUCCGCCGUCCCCGGAGCAGACAUCAAAGUGCUAAUAAACUUUAACGCUCCCAAUCCUCAAGACCGGAAGAAAUUCACUGAUGACCUGCGGGAGUCCAUCGCGGAGGUGCAGGAGAUGGAAAAGCACAGGAUAGAGACGGAGCUCGAGAAGCAGAAGGGCGUCGUGCGGCCCAGCAUGUCCCAGUGCUCCAGCCUCAAAAAGGAGCCGGGCGGCGGGACACUGAAUCGGGCCUGCCUGGAUGACAGCUAUGCCAGCGGCGAGGGCCUCAAGCGCAGCGCCCUCAGCAGCUCCCUGCGCGACCUCUCAGAAGCGGGGAAGCGAGGGCGUCGCAGCAGUGCGGGAUCGCUAGAGAGCAAUGUGGAAGGGUCCAUCAUUAGCAGUCCUCACAUGCGCCGGAGAGCUGCAUCAACACGAGACUGUCCAUCUCGCCCACACCAGGCCAUGCCCAACUCCUCCUCCCUCCUGGGCUCCCUAUUUGGGAGUAAGAGAGGGAAGCCCCCUCCCCAGGCCCACUUGCCCCCAGCCCCUCCCCAGCCGCCCCCCCACCCGCCUCAUCCCUCGCCCGGCCACCCCCAGGGGCCCACGGAAGGCCCCUUGCAGGCACCAGUGCACGGGCAUCACGGCCAGUACUGCCCCCUCCAGCAGAACCCGCCCCCCUACCAUCACCACCACCACUACCACCCGCCCCAGCACAUCCAGCACGCACACCAGUACCACCACGGCCCCCAUGGGGGGCAGCCCGCCUACGGGGCCCACGCGCACAGCCACCCGCCGCUGCCCUCGGCCCACGUCGGCCACCCGGGCCACGUGGGCCAUGCCGUGCACCACCACGGGCAGCCCCCUGCCCCGCCACCCCUCCCCAGCAGCAAGGCCAAACCCAGCGGCAUCAGCACAAUUGUGUAGACAGCCUGGGCGGGGGUCCCGGGCCCCUCAGAGCAAGUGCACACCACACAGGCGCGCCCAGGGGUGGCGGCCCCAGACCAGCCCCAGAGCACUUUCUGUUUCCACCUCCCCGUCUGCUCCCGGCCCGGAUGGAGCCCCCCAAGCCCCGGGGCUUGUGUCACAGGGAACAAACCCCCCCGCCCCCAGUUUCAUUUAGUGGUGGCACCCCGGGCUCCAUCCACCUCAGCCCGGGAGGUGGGCCUCGGCCACCAUCAGCCCUGAAACAGUGCCGCCGGCCAAGUAGAUGUUGAGCUCCCCGCCCCGACCCCCCACCUGCAGCCCUCAGCUCUCUGCUCCCUCACUAUACACGCAGAUGAGAACCCAGCCUAGGAAAAGAAGAGACGACACAAAAAACCAGAGACAGAACCAAACAAAAAACCCAAAACUUGCUGCAUUAUUGCUCUUUUAUUGACAAUGGGCAAAAAUUAAGUAGACCUGAUAUGGUUGAUGAAAAUACGUAAGUAAACUUUAUAUAAUAUAAAUAUAUAAAUAUAUAAAUAUAUAUAUAUAUAUACUGUAUAGGUAGUAUUUGUGUGUGAAAGGCAAACGUUUCAGUCCACGAAAUUAGCAAUAUAGACUUUACAAGGAGCUCCACUUACCUGAUAGGAAGACAGUACCUUAGACAAACGUGUGAGAGGGUAGACCAAAAACUUAAAUGCUAGGGACGAAAUUCAUAUUCUUCCGUAUUUUCAUAAAAAGAAGAGAAGCCCCCCUAGGACUGGCGGAAAUCUUUACACGAUCAUUACUAACUGUGCCAAGUAACAUAGCAUCUAACUGUUUUAAAAGUCCGAUAUUGCUUUGUAUAAAUCCUUAUUUUAUUAACAGAAGACUAACAUAAGUAAUCAGUAUUAUAACUGCUCUGUUAUUUCAGGUAAGCAAAUAGAUAAAAUGCAGUAAACUCUACAGUAGCAACUCGAGACAGCUAGUUAAGAACUGGUUGCCUUGGACUAUUGGUUACAGAUUCUUAGACACUUUAAUGGCUGCAAUAACUGUGAAUUUCCAUGAUCCAUGUUUCUUCUGUAUGCAUUUGAUUUAAUGCACACUCAUUCAGAGCCCUCUGCGGGGGGCCCCAUACACGGCCGAGGUAUUCAUCUCCAACAUGAAAACGACCAACUCAUCCUGUGUCCCCAGCACCAUAGCUCCCUCAUCCUGUUUCCAACCGCAGCAGGCAGACGCCCCGGAACCCGAAGGCUUCUCUUAGCGUUUAGCAACCCAGGGCGGUGUGUGUGUUUCCCGUUUUGUUUUCUGAGUGGUGGCCGUGAUCAUCGUGAUUCCAUGUGGCCGUGUGCUAGCACGACCCCCGUGUCAUCGCCGUGGCCCAUCUGACCCCAGCCGACGAGUGCCCGGCCCCGCCAGUGCGGCCCCGCCACCUCCUCACGGUCAGGCGGCUGCCGGGGCAUCACAUGACUCUCCGCUGUGCUCUUGUCGCUUCCAUGUUGUGGUGACACCAUCCGCUCCCCCGGGGCUGGCGCCGCACGCGCCUGGUUCUGUGCCUGAGUCACCCACGGGCCGUACUUUGUAGUUUCAGCCCUUCGA